AUGAUGCGUGGCUGGACUUUUACCAGACGAGGCACUCCCUCUGCCGUCCUUAAGCUGCGUUCCGACUUGCCUAAACCAACGCCUGCGCAACUUCACGCCGACGAGGUUAUCGUCAAAGUCUCACAUGUGGCUAUUGAUCAAGGCGUAGCCGCUUUAAUGGGCCUGUUCCCUCACCUGAACUCAAAGCCUUGGAUUCCUGGACUAGACUUCUCCGGCGUCGUGGACGCCGUCGGGUCCAACGUCACCCAUGUUCGACCUGGUGACAUGGUAUUUGGGAGCCCCAAUCCGAAGGCAAAUCCAUUGUGGGGUCGCAAGUACAACGGAACGAUUGUCGAGUAUGCUAUCUUGCCAGCAGGUCUUGUUGUACGCAAGCCUCCCAAUAUCUCGAUUGAGGCCGCUUCGACGUUGGCAUGCAAUGGGUGCACCGCUGUUCAAUUCAUAGAAUUGGCGGGCAUGAAAAGAGGCGACCGAGUUUUGAUUACUGGUGCAUCUGGCGGUCUUGGUACGCUGAUGAUACAGGCUGUGCGAGCGGCUGUUGGAGAUGAGGGCACGAUUGUCGGCACGUGUUCCGUGGCCAACGAGGAACUGGUCAAGAAGCUGGGCGCCAAUGAAGUCAUCGACUACAGAGCUCAUCCGGUAUUACACGAGCAUCUGAGAACCAAGUAUUCUACAGACCCAUUCAAUUCCAUCAUCGACAUUGCCGGCAAUGAUGAACUCCUCUACGAUAAGAGCCCCGGCUACAUGAAGCCGGAUGGGGUGUUCAUCCUCGGCGGCAAAAUGAGCGUAACACACGGCGGCGGCAGCGUUGGUUUUCUCAGCAUUCUGGGAUUUGCGCUCAACUUCACUUUGAAAACAUGCCGGCCUCUUCUUCUUGGAGGAACCCCUCGCAAGGGAUUGUUUCACUCCGCGAACAUCACACCGGACUCCAUCAGGAAGACGGCCGCGCUGGUGGAAGCUGGACACCUGACGGGUACGAUAGACACCGAAUAUGCGAUGGAGGACGCUCUCAAGGCCUUUGAAGCCGUAGCCAGAGGUAGAGCGAGAGGAAAAUAUCUCAUCCGCGUGCAAGACGUUCCGAAUUGA